GCGUGCGCAAGGGAGAGUGAGCCUGCGCCUGCGCGGGCGAGGACACGGCCCUUGGCGGAGCAGCGAGUCUCUGUUGCCCGAGCCUUUGGGAGUUCCUGAAGUACUCUCCAUAAUUAACCAAGCUUUUUUCACUACCAUGAAGAUUUUAGAUUAUCACCUGAAUUCCAAGUAGGUAUAUACUCUGCUUUAGAAGUUCAUGUUGAAAAACAAGAAAUUCUUCCAGCUGUGAAUUUUUACAGAGGGAUACCUAAAAGAUUGUAUUUAACUAAAGAGACCAAACUGAAGAGAAAUGUUUUAAACUACUAUGGAAAGCAAAAAAAUAUAUUUUGCUCUCAUUAAAACAUAAAUAUACAUACUGUGAAAGUGUCCUGGUGGAAUAAGCAGAGGCGCAAAAACAAAGACAAAUCCUAGUUUUAAAUAGAUUUAUACUUACAAUUUUGCUCAAAUUCUCCUCUAUGCAUGGAUAUACUGCUUCUCCUCUGGAUAUCAAUCUGAAUGUGUUAAAGAAAAAAACCAGUUGAUGGAUGAGUCGGAUGAUGAUUUUAAUGAGCUAUGCUCCAAACUUCUUCGAAGAGUGAGGAAGAAAGGGGCCAAAGAAGGCCUAAGAGAAACAAGGACUCAGAAGGAGGCUAGUAGCAUUCAAACAAAAAGCAAAUCGAAAAGGACCAAACUUUCAACUAAGACCAAAGCCAGCCAUGACUCCACAGAAAAGAAAAAGGAGCUGGGCAAGAGAGGUCUGGUACCAGGGAAUGAAGGAAAAUAUGAAGAUCCUUCCCAUGAAAGUAGAGUGGCUCCCACUUCAAAAAGAGAGGAAGAUGUGCUUGCAGCUGCUCAAAAAGAGUCUGUGCCACAACCAAGUCAACCAAAAAACUGGACAGUAGGUGUUCCAGAGGACUCUUCUCAAUCAGCAUCACACUCUUUGAGUGCUCUGUUACCAAGUGUCUCCAAACCUCGGACAGCAGAGCUGGUGUUGCAAAAAAUGCAGCAGUUCAAGAGAGCAGAUCCAGAGAGAUUGAAACAUGCUCCUGAAGGUUGUUCAGUAGAAAGUAUAUUUAAAGAAAAUGUCCCAAAAUCCAUUCAGGAAGAGGAUACACUGAAUAAUGGAAACAUGCCAGGGUUUUCUCUGACAGAGAGUGAUGCAGCUCUGGCUUUGGCUUUGCAGCAGGAAUUUGGUCAGGAGACCCCCCAGAAUUCAGAGAGUCUGGAACAGGAGGGUUUGUUUUUCUGCCAGAUUUGUCAGAAAGAUCUCUCAGCCAUGAAUGCCACUCGAAGGGAACAGCAUGUUAACAGAUGCUUAGAUGAGUCAGAGAAGUCAUUGGAACCUGCCUCUAUUGCACCUAAGAUCCCAGAAUGCCCAAUCUGUGGCAAGCCAUUCACUACUUCAAAAAGCAGAAAUAGUCAUUUGAAACAGUGUGCAGUCAAGAUGGAAGUGUCUCCUCAACAACUGGUCCAGGCGGUCAGAAUGCAGACAUUUCAAUCCAGUGAGUGCUUCCCAUCAGCAUCAAGCAAGCCAACUGGUGAAUCAAAGAGAAAAGGAUCAACCAAUGAAAAGAAACCACAAAAAAGGCGUAAGAUAUCCAGGACAGAGGCUGUGUCAGAGGACCUGCUUGUUGCAAUGGCAAUGUCCCAUUCUCUGAUGGAGGAAUCAAAUGCUGUGACAAACGAUAAUCUUGGAAAUGUGAUUCCAAACAGCAUAAGGCCAGGAGCAGAGAAGAAAGGUCGCAAAAGAAAACUUGUUUCCCCACCUCCAUUGUUAGUUCAAGAUUCAAAGACUUACCUUCAACAGAUACAGGAUCGAGUUGCUAUUCUACUCACAGAGGAACUAGAGUUAUCCAGCACUCCAACACUUCCCCUGAGCAAAAUUUUGAAAGAAGAGAUGGGCAAGGCACAUUGGUGUCUGCUGCAGCCUGAGGAGCAACAAGGCAUUCUGUGGAAGGGCAGCUCCUUGACAGGAGCUUGGCCUCUGGAAUCUUUUUAUGCUAAAGGAUUAGAUCCUCUUAUUUUACCUUGGAAACCUCCAAAGAAUUCAGAAAAGGGGCCUAUGCUGCCAUUAAUGGCAUUUAGCCAAUCCAAACCAGAUGUGCAAGAGCUGCCUGCUUUCAGUGAUUCUACUUCUGAAGGUUUUAACUUAAAAACUCCAGAAGAGCUUAAUUCCAGGAGGCGGUCACUUUCCUGUAGCCAAAAAGACCAUCAGACUCUGCAGGUCCUUUUAGAUCUUGCAGGAGAAGGGCUAACUCUCACCCAGUGGAGCAACAAUGCUGAAACUCAUUCCAGAAGUCCAUCAGGGAAAGAUCUGGAAUCUUGUGAUCUUCCAUUGACUGGAUUUGUCUUGUCAUCCAAAGAGAAGAAAUACCAGAGAAGCAGCAGUUCUGCAUUGUCACUUAGUUUGCUAUCUGCUGAUUUUGGUGCAAUGGUCAACAACCCUCACCUCAGUGAUGUGCAGUUUCAGAUGGACUCUGGAGAUGUGCUGUAUGCUCACAUGUUUGUGCUUUAUGCACGAUGUCCACAGCUCAUUCAAGUUGUACACAAUGAAGGUUUCUUUGUAGUGGAAGAUGGGAAUUUGAGGACACGAAGGGUCCUUUUGAAUGACGUGAGCACUGAAACAGCUCACCUGUUUCUACAGUACCUGUACACAGCUGAUCCUGACAUUCCUGCCCACCUGCUCGCCGACUUGCAGUCACUAGCCCUCAGGUUUGGAGUAAAGGAACUUGUUGAUCUAUGUGAAAGUAGCCCAGAGGCUACUGAUACUAAUUCAGAAGAUGGUAUGUUUUUAAUGGGGAAAGAAGAAGAAGAUUGUGAAAGUAGAGCAGAAAAUUUCCAAGAACUAUUGAGGUCAAUGUGGGUAGAUGAAGAUAAGGAAUCUGAGCUUUUGCCUAAAUUGGAAGACCAGGAAGAAGAUGACAGAGAGAAAGUAAAUGAAGAGGAAAUGGAUGAAAUUUAUGAGUUUGCUGCUACUCAGCAAAAAAUGCUUCAAGGGAAAUGUCAGACAAACAAAGAUUCGGUAGCUAGCCAUCCAAGGGAGGAAAUUCCAGUGUUUGAAUGUCUACCAGCAAGUGUCACGUUAAAAAAACAGAUGGAUGAUACUUAUAAAAUAGACUCUUCUGAACAAGCUAAUGAUCAAGAGCCAAGUAUAAAUAACAAUUUAAAUAUUAAGCAUUUCACUCCUGUGGCAUGCCAGGAAAAGAUUCCAGAUGAUGAGGGUGGUAUAGAGUCUCCUAAAAAAGAUUGUUCACCAAAGCCAACUAAAACUGUUACUCAUUCUAGUACUUCUCAUCUUUUGGUAGAAGAUAGAGGAGAUAAACUCAGAGAAAAACUCACAUCUGUAGAUUCAGCCCAUGAUUUUGAUCUUGAUAAGAGUUGUAAUGAACUUUUUUCAGUGACUGAAAGAGAAUAUUAUGAGCCCUCCCCAAUACACUGCAAUCCAAAGAAACUAAAAGAGACUUUUCCAGUGAAAGAAGUUUCUGGUUCUCCCAUUCUUUGCCAGACACCUCCAUUGCAGCUAGACUUUCUUCCAUCACACUGUCAGAGUCCUUCCAAUUCACAAUUUUUUUCUCAGUGUAGACAUGAUUCAUCCCCAUUGUCUCCUCAAUUAAAAAGGAAAUUUUCCAAGAUAGUCUCUUCUCCAAUUUUAAUGGAAAAACAAAAGGAAAACAAUGAUAUCCUCACUUUAUAUGAAGACCCAGAUUGCAAGGACAGCAGUGAAUGUGGUUAUAUUGCAAGCCAUAAAAAUACAGCAGUCCUGACUUCUCCAGCUAAGCCUCCGUCCAUUGACCUAACUCAACCAAAAUCUUAUGAAAGGCUGUCCCAGUCGAAUAUCAGAUCUCAGAAUUCCCCAUCACAAGUGAACAAAGAUGAUGAUGUUAUCCUUUUGUUGGAUUCAGAUGAAGAAAUGGAGCUAGAACAGACCAAAAUGAAACCAGUUUCUGAUAGUCCCUGUAGAGAAAGAAAAACACCCAGAACCUUUGUAGGCAAAGGCAAGGAAGUGAAGAAUAGUCUCAAAGCAUCUAAACCUUUUCUAAUAAUUGAUAUUGAUAGUGAUCCUCCAAGGUAUUCUCAAGGCUCAAUAGCCACAGAAGUUGGGAUACAUACAGAUGUUCUCAGUGAGAUGCAGUCACACAGUAAGGAGAAGAGUUGUUUGGAUGAUGAGUUGGAUUUUAGGCCAGUCACCAGACAUGAGGAAAGCAGUACCACAGACACUUCAUGGUUGGUUCCAGCCACUCCUCUUACGAACAGAAGCCAUGACUGCUCAUCCCACAUGCGAAUCACAAGCAUCAUCUCUAGGCCGUGUGUUUCUAAUUUUCAGGAUAAAGUUUUACAGGGCAAGACUAAAGUCCUAAUAGAAGAUAAAGAUGUUAAUGAAAUAACAGACAAAGACUCUAUAAAUGGACCUAAGACAUCAUCUCAUCUGGUAUCCAUUACUUCAGAAACCAAAUCACUCUCAGAAACCUCAGUCAAUGAGAGAUAUUCUUAUAGAAGCCCUACAAUUCAAUAUUCAAAUGUUAAUAAGAACUUUUCUACAGUAGAACCAAUUCAGAUUUCACCUGAGCAUGCUGAUUUAGUUAAACAGUCUCUGGAAAGCCCAUCAUCCCAGUCAAGGCUUUCUUCUGCCGACAACAAACCUGUAAUGAUCCAAAAUGUGUGUAGUGAAGUGGUAGAAGUUGUGGAUAGUGAAGAAGAGCAAGAUCUUGAUCCUUGUCCUCUAAGUAGCAGCUUACUACUAAACAGUGACCCCCCAAUUCCAGUUGAUGAUGACUGCUGGAAUAUUGAACCUCUCUCACCAAUUCCAAUUGAUAAUUUGAACUUAGAGAGGACUGGCCACCCAAGUACUAGUAGUCCCAACAAUAAAGUGUGUGAAACGCUAAAUAACAGGGAGAGAAACUCCCCUGGAACCCUGAGCAGCACUUCUGUUUGUGGAAGUCCUAUGGGCAAAAGAAGAUCUUUACACUAUAAUGAAAAGAGAUCCUCCUGUGCAGGUUCACCUGGAAAUAGUAAUGUAAGCUAUUUGAAUUCAGCUCUGUGGGAUGAUUGGGAUGGAGAACAAAAAUCUACAGAAAUUCUUCCUUUGGCUAAAAGAUUGUCAAAUGAGGAAUCAAGUCAAGAACUGGAAAUGUUAAAGACUCCAAAAGUUGCUAAUCAGAAGACUAAUAGACCUCCCAAAGUUCCUAUAACUCCAAUGCCAAGUUAUUCUAUCAUGGAAACACCAGAAUUAAAGAAAGAAUUGAAUAGAUUUGGAGUUCGUCCUCUCCCCAAACGCCAGAUGGUACUGAAACUGAAGGAGAUUUUCCAGUACACCCACCAGAUCCUGCCAUCUGACUCUGAGGAUGAAAUUCAGGCUUUGCAGGCAUCCCCUAAAUUGAUGGCAGAGCCUUGCUGCCUGACUCAGACAACUUCUCAAGUCAAGACUUCAGGAGCAGUGAGUGAGUUACCGCCAGCUUCCUCCAGCUGUGCACUGCCCAGUGUAGAGGGAAGUCAGUCAGAAGUUUCAGAGAACUUAUCCAGCAUCAGUCACCAAAGGCUAAAGAAUCUCUCUAAAAUCCAAAGCAGAAGGAAGCGGCGACAUAAAGCCAUUGUAACAUUAACACAACCACCACCUGAAGAUGUGCACCUAGACCCUGCCAAUGAUAAUCAUCUCUCAAUGUCUCAGAAAUCCAUUGCUUCUUCUACAGAUGAAAGUGAAAACUCCUUUGGUUCACAAAGUUCUAUUGCCAGUGAAUUUGAAACAGUGUUUGAAUCUGAAGGGGAAGAAGAGGAGGAGAUCACUGCUUCUCAAGCUGCUGCUCACGUGGCUGACAAAGAGGAGGCAGUAAGACGCUACAUCCGAUCACAUCCAGCCCUUUACCAGAAAAUUCUCCUUUACCAGCCCUUUGAGCUUGCUGACUUGCAGGCAGAGCUGAAACAGAAUGGCAUUAAAUUUGCCAUGGGAAAGCUGUUAGAUUUUCUGGAUGCUCACUGCAUUACUUUUACCACAGCUGGAUCCAGAAAAGAAAAGUUGAAGAAGAAAUUGCAGCCAGGUGCCAAAAAAAGGGGGAAACGCUAUUGAUGACGGUCACCCCUUUCUCUUCUGCAUUUGCCCAUCACCAGCCUGGAACUCUCAUAAUCCUCUACCUGCACAGAGGAGUACUGGAAUUUUUCAUCAUCAGAAAGCCAUGUGUUUGAAGCCUUCCUCCCAAAUUGACUCUUCCUCUAAUCUGAUAUUUAUUACCUUCUCUUCUCACUUCCUCUCUCCCCCAAAGGGGCAUUUUUAGAUGCUAGCCUUUCUUGACCAUCUGUCUUUUUGUGAUGUUUGUCUCCAGAAGUCUCUCUUUCUCUCUCUUUUUUUGUUUUUAUACUUUCAAAUGUUUUCAUCACUGUUUUGGAUAAUGGAAUUCCAGUAUAGAAAAGAAAGUUUGCACAUUACAUUUUUACAACUGGGAAAUGGAUUUGCUGAAAAUGUCUUCAAAAUGGCAAAGGCUAAGAAAAACAACCUGUUGAGGUUCUUUAAUGAGAGACAUAAUAUAAAAAACUGAAAGAAAGAAAGAAAUGUAAAGAAAAUUAAAGGGAAAAAAACAAGGAGCUAAAUGCAAGAUCCAGGAUGAUCUCUUGCUUCUCUUGGGUUUUAUCUUUUUCUUUCAACUCUUACCUUUUGGAUCUCUUUUCAUUUGCAGUAACUUUGUCAUUAGAUCUACUGUUUUUAUCCAGUCCUCGUUCUUUUUAAUCUUUUGUCUCGUUCCUACAUUCAAAUUUUGCCUCCAACUUCUGGGUAUUUUCUGCAUUUAGAAAUGGAAUCACCAGAACUUCAGGUAAAGGACUUUAAUCAGGAGGGUCGACAUGUGUGUUCCAGAUCCAGGCCUUGUCCCUUCCUCUCUUAGGCUUUAGUUCUACCUACAGUGUUAUUAUAUAUAAUGAUUUGCACCAAUCUUAGAUUUUAUCCUUUUUCAUUAUGAAGAGAAUUAUCUCUUUGUUCUUGUGUUUUAGCAACUUUUUGUUCCUUAUGCUUUCCAUCCCUGAAGGUCAUUCUUGGAUACAAAUACUUCCUUGCUCACAUCUUAAAGAAUUCUUCCUUCUUCUUUCUUUUUUUCAUUGUGGGUCUUGGCUCAUUUGCAUUCUCAGUUGAGGUAUCAUUGAAACUGGUUUGGGAUACCUCCUUGCACUGCCUGCUUGUGUAGGAAGGACUCCGUGUAAAUGGCAGACUGGCAGCACUGAGCAGUUGACUGUUUAUGACUCCAUGGAAUCAGCCCCUGUAAGAGACCAAUUGUUAGGGUUUUUUAUGAGCUGUAAAAUGGUGAGGACAAAAAUGUAGUAUAAUAGAUUGGAAAAGAAGGGAAGAUUUGAUGUCUGCAAUCAGUAUUAAUGUUUUUGUCUUUUGUAAAUAGCAUAAUUUGAAUUUUGUGUGAUAUAAAAUUAAAAAGUGCUUUAUAAGAAUUGUUUAGAUGUUAAGCUUCUCACAAACUUAUGGCUUUUCUGCUUUUUAUAGGAAGUUAUUCUGGAACUUUCCUUCAUGCUUUUGUAAUAAGGAGCUCCCCUGAGUCUAUCCCUUUGCCCUCUCUGACCUAUCGAAAAGUAAUAUGCAUUCUUCAUCAUAAGUGUAGCUAACAUGCUUGGGACUUAAAAGAGUUACAUAACUUUCCAGAAUAGCAAAUGUCAGAGUCAGGACUUAAGCUUGGUUUUCCCAACUUCAACUUCAGUGUUUUUCACCACUACACAAGAUGCCUCAUCUCACCACAUUUCUUUGUGGUCUCAUUAGGAAAGAUCCAAAACCAGUUUUUUGUUCUAGGGUCUCAGAGAACAUCAUAAUUAAAUAUGUGCAUGUCAGUUCUGUUAUUCAGAAAAAAACAACUUCCCUUCCCUCUCGGAGCUCUCUUUCACAAUGAUAUAAAUACUUCAAAGCGAAAUUACAAAUUAAUAUAUUAGGAAACAGUAAUUGGACUUAUCAGGGAACUCCAAAUGAGAAUACUUCCCAUGUAGGUUGAUACCUUCUCUGUAACUUCGAAUAUUAGAGAAUUCCUAGAGUGAUUUGCUGAGAGUUACACAGCCAGAAGAUGUCAGAGAUAAUGUAGUAGACAGAGUCCUCAAGUCAAGGAAGACUUAAAUUCAAGUUUUAUCUCUGACGUGGCAUUUCCUAUAACUCAAAAGGUUUUUUAAAAGGUAUUUAGAUUUGGAUUUUAGGUUUGGAGGUUCUCAGCCUGAGUGAAGUACAAAUACCUCUAGGCUAUCUCCACUGAAACAACCCACAACAAGCCCUGGAGGCAGCUGGAUUGAGAGGUAACCUCAACCUCAGUUUCUUACAGACUGUAUGUGUGAAGGGCAGACAGCUGGGAAAGAAUGAAGAACCCUCUGCUUUUGAGGGAUGACAGGCCCAAUUGCGUUCUGCUGCAGCUGAAGGCAAGAAGGAGCCAGCACAUAGCCAGUGACUGCAGAUGUGGUGGGGUGGGCAUGCUGCUAGCUGUGGGCACUUACAGGAGAGCUGAGUUCUUGAUCUUAGUUCCAGGCCAGAAGAAAGAACUGAAGGUUACAGCCAUUGGAAUGUCCUCAGGGAGCAAGACCAUUUCCAGCAUAGUGUGACUGAGGGUCCUAGCUGUGGCUUAGAAGGGGAAAGAAGAGCAAGGUUGAGCCCUCAACAAAGUUCAGUAAGAAGGAUCUAAGGCCAGAAGCACCAUCUCCCAUGUCCUGGCAUUAGAGGUGAUCAUAAUAACAAACUACUAAAAAUAAAAAGUAAAAAUGAGUAGGCAAAGAGAAAAGAAUCACAGCCAGCUACUAUGAGGAUAGGGAAGAACUGGAUUCAUUUUUAAGUGAGGAUACUGAAGCAAAAAAAGCUUCUCUUACUCCAAAGAGUAAGAUCAAAUAGUCUUGUGCCAAAAAGAAUUCUUGGAAGGAGUUAAAAUUUUUAACUUUAAAAAUCAAAUAAGAGAAAUUAAGGAAAUAUUAGGAACAAAAAUAAGAAAAAUCCAAGAAAACCAAGACUUAUGAAAAGAAAGUCAACCAACUAGAAAAAGAUCCAGAAUCUUAUGGAAGAAAACAAUUCUUUGGAAACUUGUUCUUGGACAAAGGGAAGUCAAUGAUUUAAGAAACCAAGAAAUAAUAAAACAAAAUAAAAAGAAUGAAAGAAAUAGAAGAAAUGUGAAACAUCUCAUAAGAAAAUAACUGAUGAUCUGGAAAACGUAUUAGGAAGAAAAAAACAUAAGAAUUCUUGGGCUACCUGAAAAUUACGAUCAGAAAAAGAAUCUUGAUACCAUAUUAAAAGAAAUACUUAAAGAAUGUUGCCCUAAAGUUUUAGAACAAGAGGAGAAAGUAGAAAUAGAAUAAAAAAAAAAUCUACCAACGACUACCUGAAAGAGAUCCUAUCAUGAAAACCUACAAGAAUAUCAUAGUCAAAUUUCAAAACCUCUAUAUUAAGAAGAAAAUAUUAUCAGUAACUAGAAAAAGUCAAUUCAAAUACUGCAGAGCCACAGUUAGAAUUACAUAAGAUCUAGAAGCUGCCACAUUAAAAGACCAUUGGAACACUAUAUAUCAAAGAGCAAAAGAACUAGGGCUAUGACCAAAAAUAACUUAUUCAUCAUAGUUAAGUAUAAUCCUGAACAACAACAAUUUAAAAAGAAAAGAUAUUCAAUGAAUUGACAGACUUUUCCAAUUUUUAUUGCAAAAAGAUCAGAACCUAAUACAAAAAUUAACACAUAAAAUCUAGGAGAAAUAUAAGGUAAACAUCAAAGACUAAUUACAAGGGAUUCAAUAAGGGCAAACUGUUUACUUUUUAUAUGCAGAAAUGUGAACUGUAUUCUUAAGACUGUCAGUAAUUGAGUAGUUCAAAAGAAAGAUUGAGGAUGAACUGAGUAUGAUGUGAUGCUAAAAAGCAAAAUUGUGUAAGAAAAGAUAAAAAGAGCCACUACCUCGUUAAUGCAAGAAAAAGAACUGAUACAAAGGAUUCAGGUGGGGGCAGAGGGCCAGUAGUCCUGGAAUUUGACUCUCAUCAGAUCUGGAUUAAAGAGGGAACAAUAAGGAUAUAAAUAUAUAUAAGGAAAUAAAGGGUAUAAAAAGUCUUCUAAAUUUAUAAAGAAAGAAGGUAAGGGAACAGGAUAAUAGGAGAAUAGCAGAAUAGAUUAAAAGUCAGAAUUGGACAUUGUGCUGCUUACAAGAAACAUAUUAAGAAGAAACAAUUAAAGGUUUGGAGUAGAAUGUAUGCAAAAAAAAAACAACAGGUAGCAAUUAUAUCAAAGUCAAAGCUAAAAUAGAUUUAAUAAAAGAGAUAAACAGGGAAGCUACAUAAUAAAAAGUACUGUAGAUUGUGAAGCAAUGUCAAUGCUAGACAUAUGCAAUACCACUGCACCUAAUUUUUUUUAAGCAUCUAAAUUUUUAAAAGAAAAAUUAAAUGAAUUACAGAUGGAAAUAGAUAGUAGUACUAUAAUAGUAGGGGACUUUAAUUUUCCCCUCUCAGAACCAGAUAAAUAACACUUUAGAUAAGCUAAAUAUGAUUGAUAUCUGGAGAGAAUUAAAUGAAAAUUAAAAAGAACAUACCUUUUUCUCAGUGGUAAAUGGUGCCUUAACAAAGAUUGAGUAUAUCUUAAGGCACAAAAAUUUUAUGGCUAAAAGCAGAAAUGUUAAAUGCUUUCUUGAUAGAGCACAAUGCAAUAAAAAUUGCUUUUAAUAAAGGACUGGAAAUAGGGUGGGGAGGAGGGAAGCUAAUUAGAGAUUAAACAACCUAAUUUUAAAGAAUGUUUGGGUUAAAGAACAAAUAAUAGAAAUAAUCAUCAAUUUUUUUCCCAUUAAUUUCAUCAAAGAAAAUUAUAAUAAUGAAACAGCAUAUCAAAACCUAUGGAAUACAGCAAAAGCAAUAAUCAGAGGAAAACUUAUGUCUCUUAAGUGCUUAUAUCAAUAAAAAAAAAAAGAGAGAGA